GACUUCCGGUUGGGGCAGGGGCAGAUCUGCUUGUUAUUCUGGGGUGUUUUUGCUGAUUUGCACGGCUUGAAAAAGCCCUAACUGCGCGAAUUUGAUGCGAUUUUCUGCUGAUGAACAGCCUGCUGUACUGUACAGCCGUGCGUAGUAAGUCCACACGAGCGCUGGGAUCAUGAGUAAGCAGCCCAGUAAGGAGUCGCUGAAGGACAAGCUGAAGGGCGUGUUUGGACUCACGCCGCGCAUCCCGAGCAAACAGACCGAGAGCAGACCGUCCGAGUGCAUCAUCACCAACGACAUCCUGAAGGAGCUAGCUCCAGAAUGUGGGCUGAGUAACCGAAUCAGGGUCAUCAACCAUGUGUGUGACCUCGCCAAGUCCAAAAAGUUUGAGGAGCAUGCUGUGGAGGCGUUGUGGAAGGCGGUGGAGGACAUGAUGCAUCCUGAACAACCACCUGAAGCUCGACACGCUGUGCUGCUGCUGCUCAGAGCUAUAGUACAGGGACAGGGGGAGAGACUGGGUCCACUCAGAGCGUACUUCUUUAAAAUUAUCUGGGACUACCAGCCGUGUAACGAGGACCUGCCUGAGAGGCUCGGGGUGUUCAAGGCCCUCACGGAGAACGGGAAAGAUGUCACCUACCUGGAGGACGAGAUAGCUCGUUUCGUGGUGGUUUGGAUGGAAACAGGUUUGACUGCUGAUUUCCUGCACGUGCUGGUCAACCUGGUCAAGUUCAACUCCUGCUACCUGGAUCAGAACGUUUCACUGAUGGUGCAGAAGAUCUGCCUGUUGUGUAACCGAACCACAUCCUCCACAGACAUCGAGGUAGCUCUACAGGUGCUGGACGCGGUCGUGUGUUACAACUGCUUGCCGUCCGACUCUCUAACCGUUUUCAUCAUCACGCUGUGCAGGACGGUUAACGUCAAGGAGUUCUGCGAGGCCUGCUGGAAGCUGAUGAGGAAGGUGUUGGGAACCCACCUGGGCCACAGUGCUAUCUACACCAUGUGUCGCAUCAUGGAAGAAAGGACGUACGCGGAGGACGCCGCCCUGCUGAGAGGAGCUGUGUUUUUCGUGGGCAUGGCACUGUGGGGUGCUCACAGACUCCCCACGCUCAAAAACACACCCACGCUGGUCCUGCCCUCGUUCUACAAGGCUAUGAACUGCGCUAACGAGGUGGUGUCCUAUGAGAUUGUUCUGUCAGUCACGCGGCUCAUAAAGAAGUACGGCAAAGAGCUGCAGGUGGUCACCUGGGACAUCCUGCUGGCCAUCAUAGAGAGACUUCUGCAGCAGAUACAGAGCGCAGGCAGUCCUGAACUUAAGGCGAUUGUGUUCGAGUUGUUGAGCACGGUGGAAGAGCUGUACGAACAGAACGACUUCCACGGAUCCACAGAGCGCUUCUUCAGCCUGGUGGAAAAAUGUGCCGAAAAACGACCCGACGCAUCAGUGCUGACUCUUAUCUCGUACCGAGCGCAGUCCAUCCAUCCCGCUAAAGACGGCUGGAUCCAGAGCCUCCAGCGCCUCAUGGAGAAAUUCUUCAGGAAUGAGACGCGCAGCGUGAUCAGAAUCAAAGUGCUGCACAUCCUGUCUUUCGUCCUCAGCACCAACAGGCAGCUCUAUGAGGAGGAGCUGAUCGAGGCAGUGGUGCUGCCACAGCUGGGGCAGAUCGCAGAGGACCGCGACCUGUCUGUGCGCAAACAGGCCACGCAGCUGCUGGUGGAUCUGGCCGAGGGCUGCAACACACACCACUUCAACAGCCUGCUCGACAUCAUAGAGAAGGUGGCGAGUCGUCCCCUGUCGAGCUCUGCAGACGGAGAGAGGGAGCUCUUAACUGACUCGCCCAUGGAGGACGUCAAAACCGCCAUACUAGGGCUUCUGGAGAUCCUGCAGAGUAAGCUCUACAGUCUGCCUGCCAAUCACGCGAGUCGAGUGUACGAGCUGCUGAUCGGUCACCUGCAGCUCCACUACAAAAACAAGUACGGCUCCGCCCUCGCCAGUUCGGUGCGCCUAAAGGUGUUCGACUUCUUGUUGCUGAUGAGAGCUGACUCGCUGCACCGCUUGGGCGUGCCCAAUAAAGACGGAGUCCUGCGCUUCAGUCCUUACUGCUACUGCGACGUUGGCGAGAAGAGAGAGGCGGAGAAAAAGCCAUCAGGAACCGUCUCAUCACCUACAGGAAGCCCCGCCCCUGCGGCUCCGCCCACCUCCAUCCGUACCGCCUGUCUGCCCUACAACCUCGCGUUCAACGUGCUGCUGCAGUGUCUGAAGAUGGAAACGGACUGGAAGGUUCUGAAGCUGGUUCUGGAUAAGAUGCCGUGGAUGCUGCAGUAUAAAGUUCUGCUCCUCACAUCACCGUGUAGUGUAGAUCAGCUGUGCUCCAGCCUCUGCUCCAUGGUGACAGACCGUCUGAUCUCAGAGAGGAUAAAGCGAACUCCUGACGGUUUCUCCCGCACUGAUGUCCAGCUGGCUGUAGUCCCUGUCCUGACCGCACUCACGUCCUAUCACAGUUACUUAGAGCAGUCCAGACAGAGGGAGCUGGUGCAGUGUUUGGAGACGGGUCUGAUCUACCGCUGCGCUAAGCAGUGUGUGGUGGCUCUGACCAUGUGUACGGUGGAGAUGCCCGACAUCAUGAUCAAACUGCUGCCCGCCCUCAUCGUCAAGCUCACACACAUCUCGGCGACCGUCACCAUGGCGUCACCCAUGCUCGAGUUCCUGUCCACCCUGGUCCGGUUGCCCCACCUGUACGCCAACUUCGUAGCUGAGCAGUACGUCAGUGUGUUUGCCAUCUCGCUGCCCUACACCAACCCCUCUAAGUUUAAUCAGUACAUCGUGUCUCUCGCCCAUCACGUGAUCGCCAUGUGGUUUAUCCGCUGCAGGAUGCCCUUCAGGAAAGACUUUGUGCAGUACAUCACCAAGGGUCUCCGGUCGAAUGCUCUGCUUCCGUUCGAUGACACACACGAGCAGAGCAGCUUCCGGGCGCGCAGCACCAGUCUAAACGAGAGGCCGAAGAGUCUGAGAACUGCCAAAGUGGCGAAGCAGAGCCAGAGCGCUAACUCCCCUGUUAAAGAGCUGAAAGAUCUGUCGGCCAUGGACGCCUUCCGUUCCCGAAGCAUCAGCGUUUCCGAGCACGCGGUGCGCAGGAUGCAGACGUCAACGACGACAUGCAGUCUGGGUUCGGCAGACGAGAACGCCGUGAUGCAGGCGGACGACGCGCUGAAGACGGUUCACCUGGAGCUCACGGAGACCUGCCUGGACAUGAUGGCGCGCUACGUCUUCUCGAACUUCUCCGCACUACCCAAGAGGUCUCCCAUCGCCGAGUUCUUAUUGGCUGGCGGCCCCAGCAUGACCUGGCUGGUGGGUAACAAGCUGGUUACCAUAACAACCAGCGGCGGCUCUCGCACCCAGACCUUACUGGGCCUGGACACGGCCGAGAGACCAGUGGGAGGAGAGAUGACUCGGUCGGACCCGACUCUACACACUAGACAAACAAAGGAAGCUCCGGCCAAACUGGAGUCUCAGUCGAGCCAGCAGCUGAGCAGAGCGACACGCAUCCGAGUGCGCUCCAUGUCUGGCGGUCAUGCCCUGCGUGCGGGAGCGGUGCAGAGUCUCAGCCCCCUGGUUUCUCCCUCUGAGGGGGAGUUCGGUGCCCCCCUGGACAGCCUGAGCUGCCCCCGGGGGGACGACGAGUUCCCGCAGUGCCCCGCCUCUUCCUCCUCGUACGCGGCUCCGCCCCUCCGGGACAAGAGCGGCCUGAGCGAGUUCGUGCCCGUGCUGACGCAGGGCUGGGCUCAGAUCUAUAUACGCAGACCGUCAGGAAACACCAGCUGGCUGAUGUGUCUGGAGAACCCCCCAAGUCCGUUCUCCUCUGAGCUGGGGAACAUGCCCCUGCAGGAGCUUUCCAGUGUGCUCAUGGCUAUGGAUGGGGUAAGAGAACCCCAAACCGAUGCUCCUUCAGCCGCUUCAUCUGGCCCUUCUGAUGCCCCCCAGCGUCAUAACAAACCCAGCCUGAUUCAGCGCUCCAACACGGACUCGGUGGUAGUGCUGGAGGAAGGCGUGCGGGACAAGGCACCGGAUUCGGACUCCGAGUCACCGCAGAUGGACGUGGAGGCCACGGCAUCGGAGCCUAUCUUCAUGAGUGCUGAUAUGUUCAAGCCUUCCACCACCACCAUGCUGAGCAGGUCGUCCUCCACCUCCAGUCAGGACGACGACAAGUCGACCCUUGAGGAGGUGAGCGAGGGAGGCAUCCCAAUCGACCAGCCACCCUUGACCUUCUCCACUCCUGGAGCGCCAGACUCGGACUUGCCCUUCUCUCACUCGCAGACUUUGAACAAAUCCAGCUCCUCCCCAGAGCUACAGACACUUCCUGAGGCCUUUGCCAGAGCCACGGGUUCUGGGGCCGGAGCAGGAGAACUGCCCAGGUCUAGGAGCCCGGUGGAAGGAAAGAGUGUUUCGGUUCAGGGUUCAGCUGAGAGAGAAACCCCGGGAGAAUCAGAGAGUAUGGGAACAGCAGGGACUCAGAGUGUGGGCCCCAGUGUAUCCAUGUCUUCCUCAAGCUCGAAGAUGAAGCUGGAGUUCCCAAGCGCUCACCCAGGCUCCCUGUCGCCUAGCGGACACAGGCCUCGCGGACACACCAUCUCCGUUUCUGCUCCCUCGUCACAGAGAGAGAGGAGGUCUGACCGAGACGCGUACCACGGCAGAGGAGGCGUGUCCAAUGCCGAGAAGAGCUCCGGACUCAGUCCAAGUUUCGUUUUCCUCCAGCUCUACCAUUCACCUUUUUUUGGCAACGAAGCCAACAAGCCCCUCCUCCUGCCCAAAUCCGAGCUGAUCGACCGGGCGGUUAAAGUGCUGGAUCAGAUGCCGCCGUACGACACCCACAAGAUCGGGGUGGUGUUUGUGGGACCUGGGCAGGCGAAUAACGAGGUGGCGAUCCUGUCGAACGAGUACGGAUCGAACCGCUACGCUCGCUUCCUGACUGGCCUCGGGAAACUCAUCCACCUGAAAGACUGCGACCCGGACCAGAUCUUCCUGGGAGGACUGGAUCACGGGCGCUACGCCGACGACGGCGAGUUCACCUACUGCUGGCAUGAUGACAUCAUGCAAGCUAUUUUCCACAUCGCCACACUGAUGCCCAACAGAGAGAGCGAUAAGAGCUGCUGCAACAAGAAGCGCCACAUCGGAAAUGACUUCGUGGUGGUGGUUUAUAACGACUCGGGCGAGGAAUACAAGCUCGGUACUAUUAAGGGCCAGUUUAACUUUGUCGAGGUGGUGGUGAAGCCUCUGGACUACGAGAGCAACCUGGUGACGCUGCAGUGUCGGAGAGACCUGGAGGGUUUGGUCGACACCACAGUGGCGAAGAUCGUAUCGGACCAGAACCUUCCCCUGCUGGUGAGACAGAUGGCGCUGCACGCUAACAUGGCGUCGCUGGUGCACCAGUACAGAGCGAAUCCAGUACAGAGCGACGCCUACGCUUCGAAAUGGCUCGCUCGACUCCGACACAUCAAGAGGAUCAGAAUCCGGGCUCAGGAAGAGAUCCAGUCCCGGCCCACCCCUGGGAUCUCGCUCACUCAGGGCCACGCCCCCAUGCAGAACAAAACCACCCACCAGUCUUCGAGCUCCGCCCCCAACACAGACUCCGGCCAGAGGAAGCGUCUGGUCUCCACAGUUGACGACUUCACAGAUUUUGUUUAGGGCUUGACCUUUUGACCUUUGCAGUGGUAGAAGUAGUAUUCAUAAUUUUUAAUUCUCAUGAACGCUGACAUUUCUUUGCCCACGAGGUUAGUUUCAGAUCCCCAUUAUAUAUGUGAUGGCUUGAUUUCAUUUUCAGAUAAAUUAAAUCAAGCAGCAAUGACAACACUACUAUAUAAAAAUUUUAACGUUCAAAAAUAAAAAAAGAUUUUUUUCCUGAGCACACGCACGUCCGCGAGUUCCCUUUUCCACAUCGUUCUGCUUCCCUGCCGCUUUAUGACGGUUUGCUAACUCUCCUUACAGCACAUUCGCUAAAUUUCUUCUAUCACACUAUUCCCCUUUCUUUUUUCUUUUUUUUAAGAGCACACUCGUACUUUUAGAUGUUAUUUUAUUGCAGUGGUUUCCAGCUGUGUUCAUGCAUGUUUGAGGUGUUGUUUUUUCCCCCCCUGCUCUAACAAACUCACAUGGACGAGAGCCUGUUAACAAAAUUUCCCUGAUCAGGGCGUCAGCUUGAAAUGAUUUGUGCGCUGCUGUAAUAAUGGAUGCCUUGUGUUCAUUGGAGCACAGGUACUUAUGAUGUGAGUGUGUGUGUGAGUGUGUGUGUGUGUGUGUGUGUGUGUGUGUGUGUAUGAGGGAGAGAGAGGAGAGAGAGAGAGAGCGCUCAGCUAACCCCAUUACACUUGCUUAGCAUUAACUGCAAGUUAAAGCCUACAGACUGACGAUCUCAGCCUCUACAUGAACCCGGGUUAAUGUGAAACGUUUAUUAUCAGGUGUAACCAGAGCCAGUUUUAGGAUUUCAUUCGAUUAAAAACACUCACAACGGCGCAAGAUGUUCGUGCUGAACCUUCACCCAUGACGCUGUGCAGGAGUCAGUCGAGUUAUAGUAUUAAAAACCCAUGAUCCAAUUAUUCAUUCUAUUUAUUUGUUCACUUAUCAGGGAGGUGUGUGUGUGUGUGUGUGUGUGUGUGUGUGUGUGUGUGUGUAUGAGAAAGAGAAGAGAGAGAGAGAGAGAUGCUUAAUGUAUGCACACAUCUAUGAGCUUAUGUGUUGAAUAAAAAUCUAUUGCGACCCAAGUUCCUUUCGGUUCAUGAUUCUGACACUUGUUUUUUUUUGUGUGUGUGUAUCACUUAGAGACCCCAGUAUU